CGUCAAUCCCACUCUUUCCGCCAUGAAAACCGACUAUCUCCAGGUGCUUGUGACCCUAGUUGCAGCGUCCGUAGCGGCGUGCACGAAGGCGACCAUCAGCGUCAGCUCCAGCUCCACCGGAAAGGUCUCGCCAUCGACAGAUCUCUCCAAAUAUGCGAAGCAGUGGACGGUGAGUGGCAGUGGCAACGCGGACAAGAUCGACACUAUCGAUAUCAGCCUCGCUGGUAACGUCUUUGUGAGCUACACUGAUGGUCUGCCCAAGGGUGUGCUUGGCUAUCUGAACGUCACUGGCGAUUCUCAAGCUGUCGUGGACGCAGUCACCGUUACCUACAAGCAGUUUUUGAAUGUCACUGCCGCUGCUACUCCGACUGGCCAUGUGCUGACCGAGCUCUUGUUGUCCUCUAACGGAGCCGUGACACUCGUCGACUGUUCUCGAGCGGCAAACGUUGUCAUUGAGGAGGGCGUCCUCACAACAGACGCUGAUUUGUUGAUUGACGUGAGCGACUCUAGUGCCGUGUACGUGUCGGCCGCUGACACCGCGUUUAGCACCAAGGAUUUGACCUUGGACGUGUCGGGUAGCGCGAGUCUCCAACUCCGUGCCAAGAGCAUGUCGGCUGGGAGUGUAGUAAUGGACGUGGAGGGAUCGGCGAGCAUUUCGGUCUUGUCGCCGCUGUUCGAAUCCAAUGACCUCACGCUUGACACAGAGAGUGGCGGCACGAUCUGCAUCGAUGCAAAGGAAGUGACGACGGGCGACUACUGGGGUGAAGGCGCGAGCAAGAUCUCGAUGCCCAAGGCAUCCGACAAACACGGAUCGACGGGUACGUUUGCUUGUGAAGGUUCCAGUAUCCCUGUGCGUGGACCGGGUUCAGUCUCGAAAGGUAGUGUGGCUUCGAAAAAGAUGCACUCGUGA